AUGGGGAAUCCAAACAACCAGGUCUUCCAUGUAUCCACUGAUGUCCUCCCAGCAGAUGGCUCCGAAUGCUUCGAUGACGAUGGUCGUCCUAAACGAACAGGGACAAUAUGGACAGCAAGCGCUCGCAUAAUCACAGCAGUGAUCGGGUCUGAAAGCCUGUCCCUGGCUUGGGCCAUCGCGCAGCUCGGUUGGAUUGUCGGUCCCACCACCAUGCUCCUAUAUGCCCUUGUCACUUUCUACACCUCCACCCUGCUCACCACCUGUUACUGUUCCGGCGACCCCAUCACCGGCAAGCGCAACUACACCUACAUGGAUGCUGUUAGUGCAAAUCUUGGUAGCUUCGAAGUCAAGCUUUGUGAGCUGGUUCAAUACGUGAACCUCUUUGGGGUUGCCACUGGUUACACCAUUGCAUCUUCCACCAGCAUGAUGGCUAUCAAGGGGUCCAAUUGCUUCCACGAGAAAGGUGAGAAGAACCCGUGUCACAUCAACAGCAAUCCUUACAUGAUUGCGUUUGGCAUCGUUGAAAUCAUUUUCUCUCAGAUUUCCCAUUUCGAUCAGUUGUGGUGGCUGUCGAUCGUCGCCGCCUUCAUGUCCUUUACCUACUCCAUCAUUGAACUUGGCCUUAGUAUUGCCAAAAUUGCAGAGACAGGGAAAAUUAGGGGAAGUCUCACUGGAAUCAACAUCGGGGCCGUGACCUCAACGCAGAAGCUAUGGAGGAGCUUCCAGGCUCUUGGUGACAUCACCUUUGCCUAUUCAUACUCCCACAUCCUCAUUAAAAUUCAGGACACGAUCCAGUCCUCUCCAUCCGAAUCAAAGGCGUUGAAGAAGGCGAGUCUAAUCAGCAUAGCGGCCACAACCCUUUUCUACAUGAUCUGUGGGUGCAUGGGCUACGCCGCCUUCGGCGAUAUGGCACCCGAAAACCUCCUCACUGGGUUUGGCUUCUACAACCCAUACUGGAUGGUUGACAUCGCAAACGCCGCAAUCGUGAUCCACCUCAUCUGCAUGUACCAAUUCAACUGCCAACCCCUAUUCGCCUAUGUUGAGAAGACCUUGGUUGAGAAAUUUCGCGACAGCCAGUUCCUCACGAGGGAGAUCAAAAUCUCCAUCCCCGGGUACAGCCCUUACAAGCUCAAACUCUUCCCGUUUGUCUGGAGGACGGUCUUCGUGAUCGGGAACACCUUGACCUCCAUGCUCCUGCCGUUCAUCAACAUUGUCGAGCUGCUCAGAGCACUGGGUUUUUGGCCCCUCACGGUCUUUUUCCCCGUCGAGAUGUACAUUAAGCAGAAGAAAAUACCCAAGUGGAGAACCAAGUGGGUGUGCCUCCAGAUUGUAAGUGCGGGUUGCCUUAUCAUCACCAUUGCUGCCGCUGCGGGCUCUAUCGCCGAUGUAAUUCUCAACCUCAAGUCCUACAAGCCAUUCAGUACCGACUACUAAAUAUUGUGCUACUGAUAGGCAUGUCGCAAAUAAGGAAAGGAAAGAGUGGAUGCGAGAGAGAUUGUUUUCGUGUUCA